CAAAAUCGAACAAUUCUAUAACGUUUAAGGAUAUUGUUCUUAUCAGUGCCUUGAGCUCAAAUCACUUGAAUGAAUUUUUGGUUUUUCUUGAAAACAAAAGGGAGUUUCAUGUGAACAACAAGCACAUUGUGUAUAACAUUGGUCUAAAUGGCAAUGCCACUGAGCAGAUUGAGGCAAGAUGUCCAGAGUGCAUUAUAAGGAACUUCAAUUUCUCAAGCUAUCCUCCCCAUGUCAGUAGCAUUGGCACCUAUGCCUUUAAGGUUCUAAUCAUCCAGGAGACCCUGAGAGAAUUUGGCAGUAUCUUCUGGUGCGACACAUCAGUGAGGUUUAAAACAUCCUACCAGGAGGACAUCAUACAGCAACUAAUGCAGACAGGAGUCGUAUCUUGGCAUGUGCGUGUUAAGACAGCACAAUACACACACCCAGACAUGUUCGAAUACUUCAACACUACACCUGAUAAAUACGAAGACCAGGUCAUGAUAGAACCAGGUCGGAUGUUGCUUUUAGAUACUCCUCGUAUACAGCAGCAUUUGAUUGAACCUUGUGUUCGCUGUGCUUUAAAUCCUGACUGCAUUGGGCCAAAUGGAAUGGUCAAGGGUACAAGAAAGGUGGUUGACGAAGAAAAACGUCACUUACACAGAUAUGAUAUGUCAGCAUUCAACAUUGCACUCGGUCAAAUGUUUAAUAUGACCACUCCAUAUUAUGCCACAAGGAAUUCUGUUUACAUAUCUAGAGGGGACAUUUUGCAGGAAUAGAACUCAAUGUUGUAAGAGAGUAGCAA